UCUUUCUACGAAACAGCAGAGAAGAUGCCGGCGGAGUGAUGAGCUACACGCUGCCUGUUGCGAAUGCCCUGCUGCGGAUAAAGAAACUGAAAUAGCUUUUUGAUGUCCUGUUUUGUCAUACUUGGGAAAUUAUCUCAGGAAGUCAGAUAUUCAUCAGAUAGUCACUUGCUCCUUCCAAAAGAUGGCAAGGGAAAUGGUUUCACAGUCUUCAUGAACCCAGAAACAAAACUUGGAAAAUAUUGCUCAUCACUGAAAAGAAAAAGAAACCAAAGAGAUAGGUUUCAUGACGAAUCACAUAAAUCAUGAAGUAUUGUUCCUGAACCGAGGGGUGGGUAGAUGGGUAGAGAAGCAGAGAAGAAAAUACAGCUUGGGAAAGGCAAGACUCUGCAAGAAAAGACAAACCGUGGAUCCAAACCAUUUGGUUUCUUGGCAGAAGCAUCUGCUUUUAGAAGAAUAUCCACACUUCAUCAUUCCAAUGCAGUAUGAUUGUUUCUGGUGAACGCCAACUUUUCAGUCCUGUGCCAAAAAUACAAAAGUGUAUUCCUCCUUAAAGGAUUAUUUGCUGAUUAUAUCGAUUGAUUUUUAAUUUUAAAAAAACAGGAGUAAAAAUUCAGCAGAAGAUACCAAGAUGAUCAACAUAGGAAGGUUACCUUUAAAAAUGUGUUUUUUAGUAUUCUUGGGAGCAGGAGUAGACGUUUUGCUAUCAGAAGAAUGCAAGAGUAAAUGGGGACACAUGAGUGCAAAUGGCACAGAGCUGUCAUUAAAAUCAACGGUGGAUCUGUCCUGCUGGCUAAACAAGAGCUUCUACCGUAGGCAUUGUAACAUCGUUUUGUUACACAACCACUCUAUUAUCAGUAGCAGCAGCUCUCCGAAUUCUUCAAUCAGGGCCCAGAUUCUACUGAAUACUUUUGGGAGGCAGACAUUUGAAUGUGAUUGCAAAGCACCGAGACCACAGCGCAUAUGCGGAAUUUAUGUUUUUGUUGGAAUUGCUCCAGAUCAACCAAAAAAUGUGUCAUGUGCCCAGUAUGGAAAAUAUGGAGCCACCAUUUGUUCUUGGGAUAAAGGAUAUUAUACCUAUCUGUUUACUACCUAUACCCUAUGGGUAACAAAUGAAACCCCCAAUGGGACAGUCUUGGGAGAAAAAACUAGCACUACAGUUAACACAGUAGAUCUCAGGAAAAAGCUGGACUUUGAAACUACUUAUACAGUUGUGGUCAAAGCCACAAAUAAAGUUGGGAGCAAUUCAUCUGAACCAAUGCAGUUCACAUUAAUAGACAUUGUGAAGCCUCACCCUCCUGUGAACCUCUCAGUAAGCUGCAAUGCCUUUGUUCCCCAAAAUUGUACCAUCUUCUGGCAAGAUCAGCAAGAAACACAGGGCUUUAGACUGAGAUACCAACCAAUCCACAGUAAUUCCUGGAUUACGUGCCGUUUGAACCUGUUGAUGUCUGGUAUUUAAAGGAGACCUCUUCCAAAAUGCAGAACAUUACUCUCUUCUGGAAGUCCAAAAAUGUACAAGGAAUAAUAAGCCAAAACUUUCAAUAUCAAGUGAUAUUUCAAAAUCUCAACCAGAUGCCACCAAGAACUGCAGACAUGAGUGUGACCACCCACACUGUUUUCUCGCAUGUCUCCCUUAAGGCAGAUUAUAACAUAACACUUAAUUCGAAGAAUUCACGGGGCAUCUCCCCAUCUGUCUACAUAACAACAAAAUUGGGAAUUACAGAACUGCUACCACCUAACCAGGUGUCUGCCACAACCAUGGAGAAUGAGAGAAUCGUUGUUAAAUGGGAAGUACCUUCAGCACCACCCUCUUUCAUCAGUGGAUACAUAGUUGAAUGGGUAGAGAUCCCUCAAGACUAUCACAGGAACAACAUCUCCCCGACCUGGUUUAAAAUUCCUGUUUCUAAUUGCACAGUGAUAAAAGAGAAUUUAAAGCCCAACGUAUGCUACCACAUCCGUGUGUUUGCGCUCUAUCGGGACAGAGCAGGAAAAGCAGCUACCACCACAGAAAAUAUCUCAGCAAAAGCUCCGUUAACGGGACCUCAGAUUGUGAAUGUAACUGUGGAAGGUGGCAGCAUUUUGGUCUCCUGGAGAGAAGUUCCAGAAGAUCGGAGGAUGGGGUGUAUCAUUAGUUACAAGAUUUAUUUGCAGAAACAAUUCUUUUCUGCACCCCUGGAUGUCCACGAGCUCUCUAAACCAGCCCCACAACCCUUUUAUAUAAAAAACAUAGAGGCUGGUGCUUCCUAUGUUAUUUGGAUGACGGCUUCUACAAAUGCUGGAGAAAGCCCGAAAGGGAAUGAAGAGCUGAUCUACAUAAAAACAGGUGGAUUUAUAGAUGCUACCGGCUGGGUCCCAAUUGUAGCCAUUUUCAUUAUUAUUGGACUUUCAGUCUUCUUUUGCUGUAUACCAGCUGUUCGGCAAAAGAUUUUCUCUCUCUUUUCUGCUCUGGUAUUUGGUUGGUAUCCAGAUCCAGCCAACUCUACAUGGGCAAAAGAAUUCACAUCUACAAAGGAUGAAUCAAGUUCCAACUCUACAGUGUUUUUAAGCCACCCAGUCAGAUCUAAAGACCCCGAAACUCUACAAAUAAAGGAAACCUUAAUUGAAAGACAGGGCUUCACUUUUAUGGAUGGGCACAUAUACAAAAAUAUAUGCAAGACAGAAGCACUAUCUACGAGAACAAACAACUGCAAUUCUUUGACUACCAAUAUAACAAAUAGUACUGGUAGCUAUCAGUUGCCAUCUUUGUACAAGAAACUUAUACCUGAAGAUCCAAAUGAAAGCCAAGUAUUUUCUGAGUGCUUGGUUAAUCCACUCGAGGAUGCCACAGUAGAUUACCUGCCUACCAUCACACCGGCCAUUAUGACUUCUGAGGAAGACAGCUCUGGAUCUGAACUCAGUUCAUUGCCUAUUUUUCCUAUAACUUCUUUUCGAAGAAAUCCAGGUUUUUUGGGUGGAAAACUUACUCUGGAUGCUAUAAAAAUGGACUGCAAUUCUUUCACAGAGAACCCUUUUUUAAGAGCAGAGAUAUAGGGAAUGUUGCUCUUAAGCAUUAAGACUACCUAUGCCAGGGGUCAGCAAAGUUAGACACUCAAAAGAGCCACAAAGGUCGUAAC